AUGGGACUCCCUGACGGAUCCCCAGUUCUACUCCGCCCGCAUCCAGGUCGCCGCCGGGAGAAGCCGCAGCUAUCAUGCAAUUCCUGCCGCCAGCGAAAGUGCGUUAGGGCCGCCUCCUCCGCAGACACAUCCCCGGUGCUGACGCAGCGAGCAGGCGAAAGUGUGACCGCCAAAGGCCUUGUUCUCAUUGUAUAUCCAUCUGCUAGCGGGCUAGGCGGGCUUGCGACACCUAGCAGUUCGGCUUCGGUUCCAUCGCCAGAGUCCACGGACCUGCACUUGACCGAGUCUGGAACCGGCUUCAAAAAUUCGACUCACUGGACAACAGUUUUGAGCGGUGUGGCAGAGACUGAGGAUACGGCCCAGGUAGGGACUACGCUUGAAGAUGGCUCAUUGCCCGUCGACCAUACUGUCCUCCUCUUUGAAGGGUGUAGACGCGUCACCAAACAAGAGCUCCUGGGUGCAUUACCGCCAAGGAGGGAAUCUGACGCAUUGGUAGCAUUCUACUUUAGGGCUCAGGAAUAUCGAUUGAUGGUCAAGUACAACACAUUCUGGGAAGAUCCUGGCGCGGCUGCUGUCUCCUGGUUUGGCCUCCUUUACGGCAUCUUCUGUCUCACUACCCAAGUUCAGAGCCAGGAGAGCUGCCUCUCAAGGGCUCAAGAAACCAUUGCUUGUCCCUCGCAACAGACAGUGAUGCAAAAGAUACUAAUAUACAGGGAAAAGGUUGUCCAGUGCCUUAUACAAGUUCAGUUUGCCAAAGGAGGGCCGGACAUCAUGGAGACCCUUAUUCACUACAUCGUUAUCGAGAACAACCUGAACAAGGACUCCAACAUUAGAGUCUGGCUCUUGAUGGGUAAUCUUGUUCAAAUAGCCAUUCGCAUGGGCUACCAUAGAGAUCCCAAGCACUUCAAGUCCUUAUCCCCAUACCAAGGUGAGAUGAGACGCCGGAUGUGGGCUAUGGUAUACUCGCUCGACACAGGCUUCGCAACUCAAAUGGGCCUUCCAAGUAACAUCAAGCACUCGCUCAGCGACACCACGCCACCUAGAAACCUACAGAACAGUGACUUUGACGCCACCUCCACUGAGCUGCCGCCGGCGAGGCCUAUCGAUGAGCUUACCUCGAGUACCGUGAUCAUCGCCAAGUUUCACAUCGCCGUCUGUAUGGGCGUUGUGUCAGACAUGGUCUCUAGUCCUCACGCACUCUCCCACGAGGACGUUCUGGCAUCAAAUGGAAAACUAGACACGACAUAUUCAAACCUUCCUAGUCCUUGCCAGUUCCGUUCCAUGUCUGAGUCACUGCUGGAUCCCCCGAGCGUCGUAUCUCAGCGAAUCAACUUUUACAUGCACUACCAGAGAGCUAGAAUCCUCAUAAACUGGAAGUUUCUCGGUACAUCCAAGAAUCCGAAUGACAGCGACCAGUCCUGGAGUAUCGUCAUAGAGGCGGCCUUGGAGAUCCUACGACUGCAGCACCUCAUGGCUGAGGAGUCAGAGGUCUCGGAUGCGACCCGGCCUACUGGUAUUCCCGACUCUUGUUUCAUGAACAAUGGCUACUUUUUAGCGGCCAGCGCCGCGUGCUUUCUUGUUCAGCAUCGCAAGGACAAACUGUCGCCUGAAGAUUUGACCGAAGUACGGAGGCUGCUAGAAUUGAGCCUCAAUAUCUGGAGCCGCGCAAACGACUUUUCCAGAGAAGCAAACAAAGUAGUCAUGGCUCUGAGAGUCGUUCUUGGAAAGCCAGAGGAGCCUCGGCCUCGGGCGAGCGAGGUACUUGGUACAUAUGACAGAAGUGAAAUUCCGCUUUCUAGCUUUACGCAGUUCUUUGAUGACCUGCCUCUGAUGAUGGGAGACUCUGAAAACGUGGUGUUUCCCCCACUAAUUGACUGUUGGCCCCAAGGAGAUGGGAUCCCACCACACUCAGCGCAGUCACCACCAUUGCAGGAGCCACACUGCUGUCGCAACUUUCCGGAAGUCCCGCAACCGUUGCAGUUCACAGUCACCAUUGCGCUUCCGUUGCAGGUUGAGCAAUCAGCCAUGUUGUGGGAUGGAGUCUGA